AGGGACUUCGGUGCGGCAAUAGUGCCAAUUUAACCAAGUUUUUCUCCAGCGGGUGGAGUCGUUUGUGACUGUUACAGCAACAAGUGUCAAAAUAAAAGCGAUUUUAAAUAUAAUAUGGGUUGUGCGGUCAGUACAACGGGCGAUAAAGAAGCUACAGAACGGUCGAAGAAAAUUGAUAGAGACCUUCGAGCCGAUGGCGAAAGGGCAGCAAGCGAAGUCAAGCUGUUGCUGCUUGGCGCCGGCGAAUCAGGCAAGAGCACAAUCGUCAAACAAAUGAAGAUCAUACACGAGACGGGCUACUCGAAGGAGGAAUGCGAACAGUACAGGCCCGUUGUUUACAGUAACACUAUUCAGAGCCUAAUGGCCAUCAUUCGGGCCAUGGGUCAGUUGCGAAUCGAUUUCGCUGAUCCUAGCCGAGCUGACAUCGCGCGCCAGUUCUUCACAUACGCUAGUGCAGCCGAGGAGGGCGAACUGACCCCCGAACUUGUGAUGUUGAUGAAGAAGCUGUGGCAGGACCCUGGAGUGCAGUUAUGCUUCGCCCGCUCCCGGGAAUACCAACUGAACGACUCCGCAGCUUAUUAUUUAAACGCUUUAGACCGAAUUUCCCAACCCAAUUACAUUCCCUCCCAGCAGGACGUCCUGCGAACUAGAGUCAAAACGACGGGAAUCGUGGAAACGCACUUUUCGUUCAAAGGCCUUCACUUCAAGAUGUUCGAUGUCGGGGGCCAACGCUCGGAGCGCAAGAAAUGGAUACAUUGUUUCGAGGGCGUGACUGCGAUCAUUUUUUGCGUGGCCUUGUCUGGGUACGACCUGGUUUUGGCCGAGGAUGAGGAGAUGAACAGAAUGGUGGAGUCGAUGAAACUGUUCGACUCGAUUUGCAACAGCAAGUGGUUCGUGUCGACUUCGAUCAUCCUGUUUCUGAAUAAGAAGGAUUUGUUCGAGCAGAAGAUAACGCGAAGUCCGUUGACGAUAUGCUUCCCCGAAUAUACCGGGCCGAAUACUUACGAAGACGCGUCGGCUUAUAUCCGGAUGAAGUUCGAGAACUUGAACAAGCGGAAAGAUCAGAAGGAGAUUUAUACUCAUUUCACGUGUGCCACGGACACUACGAAUAUCCAGUUUGUGUUCGACGCGGUUACUGAUGUUAUUAUUAAUAAUAAUUUAAAAGAUUGCGGCCUUUUGAUGUAACGGCCUAUUUGAUAGGUUUAUGCGAGGCAUUUCAGUUUAUGCAAUGUAUAAAACGGAAGGGAAGCUGCUUGAAGCGGCACUGAUCUCGUUUCGUCUAUUCCCUCCUCUUUCAGUGAUAAAAUUCAUUCAGUAUUGU